UUUCCGUUUUGCUAACCCGGAACUGUCUGGUUGGCAUAGGCAACGUCGCUACGGCCAAAGAAGGCCUAGAUUUUUACCAUUUUAAGAGAAGAAAUAUACCAAUAAAGAGAAACAAGUGCCGAGCAGGAGCAGGAGUUGGUUCCACCCAGAAAACGUCAGUAGAAGAGUAGAGGGCCAGAGACAUCCUGAUUACAGAAUGACAAGCUCAUCUACUCCCCGCAUGGUGAACACGUACAAGCGGACCUCCAGCCCGCGCUCCCCUACCAACACUGGAGACCUCUACACACCGGCACACGAGGAGAACGUCCGCUUCAUCCACGACACCUGGAUGUGUGUCCUGAAAGAAAUCAAGUCGCCCCAGAAUGAGCGUAACGAGCGCGGGCCGCAGGAGUAUGUGGAGAAGAACCCAAACCCCAACCUGAACUCCUUCACACCAGUUGAUCUGAGUGACCUCAAGAAGCGCAUCACACAGGACGCCAAGAAGUCUUAGUGCUCCUGCCAAGAGCAGCUUUGAGGCUUUUCCUUUCUUCCGCUGUCGCUCCUCCUCCUCCUCCUCCUCCUCCUCCUCCUCCUCUUCCUCACGCCUGGAAAGCUUCAUCCUCCUGUACUCGUCUGUCAGCCAAUCAGGUGUCGUCACUGGGCCGAGAUUCAGCCAGAACCAUCAUCCCCCUCUCCUCUCCUCUCCUCUUCCUCCUCCUCCUCCUCAUCGUCAUCAUUAUCAUCACCAUCAUCAUCAUCAUCAUCAUUAUCAUCGUCUCCGUCGUCUGGCGAAGGUCUGGCUGCUCAGGACGACUUCCGUUUCUCAACUACUCUGCCCACACAUACACACACACACACACACACAAGUGCGCACACACAAAGAUGCGAGCACACACAUGCAUACAGACACAUUUACAAAUACAUUCAAACAUAUGAAAAUAUGACACUUAUAUGCAUUUCUCCUAUAUAACAUUCAGAUGUGUACAUAUACACACGUACACAUGCGUACAUAGACACAUAUACACACACACUGUACACACACCAUCUCGGCUGCUGUGUGUGUGUGUCCAGACACACACCUCCAGUGGUUGGGUGUGUGUGGAGCGGGAGCGAGAGAGGGAUCAGGACCUGCACAUCUGCCUGCUGGGACUUAACGCUGUUUCCUCAGAGUCUUUUUUUUUUGUUUUCUUCCGGAUACUUCCAUUCGCCAUUCUUUUUUUUUAUUUUUUAUUUUUUUUUUUUUUUUUUGUUUAACUUUUUUUGGUUGCUACUGGUUUUAUCUUUUUAUUUUUUUUUUCGUCUUUCGGCUUGAUUUCUUUUUUUUUUUUUUUUUUGGAUAUCGGACUGAUGCUGACUUGCGGAGAAUCAGUGCAGACUUUCAGCUGGAGGAGGGUGCCCAAGAGCAGACUCUUGCAUCACAUGGAGAAAAGGACCGCAGUCUUGAACCACAAACUCUUGUUUCAUUUUUGAUCGACACGCGUUACCGUGGGGACUGUGCCGAAGGGCUGACCUAUUUGUGUUUAUUAUUGUUGUUGGGUUUUUUUUUUUUGUUAUUGUUUUUUUUGUUUUUUUUUUUUCAAGGAAGGUAGUUUGAUAGAUCAAGGAUAAAAAAAAAUAUAUAGGAAUUUCAGAUAGUUACAGGCAAGUUUGGAAAGCCAAAUAUUUUUAGUAAAGGUACCUACAUUUUUAAUUAUAUUUGAAACCUUUAAAGACUUUCGUUUAAGAAAAAAGAACAGAAAACCCCCUCCCCCUCCCAUUACCCAACCCCAACGUUGAAACAGAAUUUGAAAUAAAGUGACUUUU